GCAACCUGAACUACUGGGGCUUGGAAGCUAAGCUGAGGGGCAUGAACAGAGCCCCAUAGGAUGAUGUGGAGACCAAGCCAAGGGCUGUGUGGAAACGGCUCAGGUUAAAUGCAUGUCCCAUGAAAGAGGCAGACUACAGCUUGAAGUCAGAGGACAACAAGUGGAUGAGAUCUGUGGAGUUGCACCUGCUGAGUAAUAAUGAGCAAACUCUCAGAUGGAAAGGUGAUAGAGAUUCAUCCGAACCUAAUGGGAUUUAGAAGUUGGAGAUUCUCCAGCCAGUCCUCACCAAACAUCACUGAGGCAGUGAAUAAAGAGUCCUACCCACUCCUUCAGAGAAAUGCUCUCACACCUUGGAGAGAUCUGAGGAGCAGAAGGGAAGAGAAAGAGAGAGGUACCGAGAGAUUGGAGAGGACAUCACCCUCUCUCUCAAGCUUAGCCUGCCUCGAUGAACCUCAGCAAACUAAAGUUGCCUUGCCUUGUGCUAGUUCCUGCCUGACCCGGACCCUCAGCAUCCCUGACACCAGCUCCACCAGUACCUUGUCUGGCUUCUGUUCUAUCACUAUCACUGCUCGGAGAGUUUCAUUCAGUGGGGAUGCUUGCCACGAAACAAGGCCUUUCCACUCACAAGAACAGCUCCCAUCAUCCUCUACCUCAAACGUAAAGUCCGAUUGCAAAGCAACCAUGGUGAAAAUGGCUGAGGACAGUGGAAGAUACUACACAAGUGACGGGUUUUCUGCUCACCUAGCACCUCCAGAGCAUAGACACAGCUGCACCGACAGUGGAACAACCAGCCAGAGACUGACUAGUCUCUCAUGGAGAGAAGCUAAUGAGGCUAGCUCUUCCUCUUUAGUCUCAAAACAUCUCAUUUUCCGCUCAUCUGCCCACCUGGAACUUCUCCCAUGCCAGCCUAAGAGUUCCACCUUUUAUCUGGAUAAAUCCCUUUCAGUCCCUCUUGAGAGUUCUCAAGAGGUCAGACAGGCCAUGUACAGAUCCACACUAUCGCUUCACCUUGGAAGAGCACCUUCGUCUUCCCACACAGGGAAAUUGCAAGUGAUGAGAAUUCCCAUUAGGUCCUCCAGCGAAAGCGAUAUGGUAGACUUUACUCGUAAUGCAACAGGAGAACAAUCCUGUUGCCUUAAGAACACGGCCACGGUCAAUUCCAGCCCCACCAGGUCUGACUCGAGUGUACUGAGGGCCACUUUAGCACCAUUGCCAUUCAGAGCGAGGUGCCGCUCAUCCUCAGCUGCAGUCAGACUGACUGGAAAGGCUAAUGAUGUCUCUGGGCCUCUCCAGUGCAAUCAAAGGGGGGGCGUUGAAGACCCAGAACCGGCUGCCAUAAAUAAAAGGUUGGAUUCCCUGGCGGUUAUCAGAAAUAGCUGUGCUGUGGUCAGUGUGAAAUGUCAUGGCCUGGAGGAGAAAACGCAAAACAGCUCACACUCUGAAGAUGCAAAAGGCUUCUCUCCUUCUAAGCGUCUAUUAGUGAACUCUGGAGGGAGCGGUAGAGGCUCUUAUGAUGGCAGAGUGCCAUGUGGCCAUGCUGAAACAGUUACGAAAGUGCAGGAGGGUCUUGUUUUCCCCCACAUGCUUAACUGCACCUGUGGAUCCAACAGCAGCAACCAGCCCCACAUCCUGAGCCUUAAGGAAGCUCUAGAGCUCUUUCGACCAGACUUCAUCUCCCGCUCUCAGAGACGCAUCCGCCACCUGGAGCAGAGGGCCAGAGAGAGGCGGAGUUUACAGGGUGCAGACUUGAUGAAAGAAAUAGAGUCCACCAAUAAGGCACGGAGCUGCACCAAGCCACACCCACUCAGCGAUAACCUUUUUAAACCAAAGGAUCGGGUGAUUUCAGGCAAGGAAAUGCAGCUCAGAUCUAGACGGAUUUACAACAAACUGCCUGAAGUGACCAAGAAGAAGGAAGAAGAGAAGAGAAGGCUGGUGUUACAGACCAACAGACUGAGAGCUGAAGUCUUCAAGAAGAAACUUCUGGACCAGAUCUUACAAAGAAACAGUGACUGAAAACUGUCUGCUCAGGAUGCACGUCCUUCAUUCUUUCCUUGCCUGCAGCAAUGAACCAAAGACUCACAAGACCUUUGCAGGCCACAACUGAGAUCAGUGCAGGCUUUUCUCAUGCAUGGCUUGAAAUAUAUAAAACGUUCCACAGCUGAUAUUAUUCACUGACAAAUGGUCUGACACUGAAAUUGUUUGAUAGUUCUAACCAAUAAAUUGAUGCUCCAUUUUUUCCUCACACACACUGGGCUGUUCCACAGUUUCACGUACAAAUUGAAUAACCUGAAUAGUUUGUUACAUGGUAUUUGAUUCUCUAUGUAGUACUUGUAAGUUUUGAGCCACAAAAACUGUAGCCUAAACUACAAGGAAUGUUAUCUGUAAAAUCCUCUAGAACUGUUAUUGUUAAUGUAUGAAACAUGCUACAGAUAAAUCAGUUAUAUCUGGUUUAUUUGAAUGCCUUAUAAUCAUGCCAGCAAUUCAUAUUGUUUUUAUUUAGAGCGAUGCCGAUGAAAUCAUGUGUGGAAGCAUUUAAAUUAUUAGAUUUGUGCAAAAGUUUGAGGUUGGUUUACCAUGAAGACAUUGCAAGUUGGAUGAACGAUCUCAACUUAGUAAAUUUACAUGCAUCAGCAUCAUAAGUGAAGCACAAGUGACUUGUUCCUACAAUUCAGCUCCAACACGCAAAUGCUUCAGACAGGAAAAUCAGCUCUGUGUGUUUCUAAUUAAACAGUUUUAAGCAGGUUCAUACAAACCGCAGAUCUGCUUAUACCAUUUUUACUGCUGUGGGUGUCAGAUUAGCUGCCACACAUUAUUAGCACAGAGCAGGAGAAGCAGGACAAUAAGAUCAUUACAUUUUAGUAAAAUAUUAUUUUCAUUAUCAUUCAGAACAGUGUAGAAAGUGAAUGUGCGUGAUUUGACUGGAGCUCUAUGGAAUUCACUUAACUCAUAAGUCGGGGAAAAAAGACUGACGUUGCAAAGUGCAAGGGCUCACAUUUUGACAGUAGGAUGUGAGACUAGCACAGUUAGUGUGGACAGAAAAACUGUUAAAAAUGAAAGUACCUGUUCUUUCAGAACCUUGUUGCUGCCUACUAGACAUACUGUAUGCAUGCAUUUUGGUAUUCAUCUGGAAAUCCUGAGUAUUUGAGGCCUACAUUUGGACCAGCUCUAGUCUUGUUUAGUGUUACGGCUCUGUAAAUUUCAUCAAUGAUUCAUCUUUAGAGUAAACUCUUCUGUUGCUCAUUGGAUUUCGUAUGACUUCAUAUCAUCGCAUUUAUUUUUCUAAAUCAUUUGACCACAGCAGCUGUCCUUUACACUAUAUUAACAAAGUAUGCUCCAAAGUUACUCAGGAUAAAAUCUCUUUACAUUAACUUCCAUUCAAAUUAAGAAUAGUUGGACCUUCUUCUGUAAAAUUGAUCUUUUGAAGAUACUUGUUUUGUUUUUUUGUUUGGACAAUGACAACAUAUGGAUUAUAGUGUGAACUAGUUUAUGUUUUUAAAAUGAAUGAAACAGCAUGCCUGGCACUCCAUAUAACGGACAACUUUACAGACUCGAUAUUAUGAGAACUGAUUAUCCAGUUCUCACAGAGAACUACUGAACACUGUGCAUGUUCAAUCGAACCUGGAAAGUGAAUAAAUGUAUUUUCCUCAUUUGCUGUACUCUGAAUCUGAUGAGCAUAUCAUGAAUAAAUGUGUAAUUGAUCUAA